AUGAAGGCAAAUUUUGAAAGCGCACCAGAAAAGGUGAACACAGACAAGAAUCCCAAAGAGGAGGAGAAGACCUUUAAAUGCUCCGAGUGCAGCAAGAUGUUUAGGCGGAAGCCCGAGCUCAUUCGGCACCAGAGAAUUCACACCGGCGAAAAACCCUUCAGCUGUGAUGUAUGCGGCAAGGCAUUCACUCGGAGUUCCACUCGAAAUAUUCACAUGAGAGUGCACACUGGAGAGAAACCGUAUCUUUGCAAGAAUUGUGGCAAGAGUUUUGCUACUAGGAAACAUCUGAGAUUGUGCACGGUGACGAAGAAGAGCAAAACGAAGUUUUUUCACUGCACGCCGUGCGGCAAAUUCUUUCACACGGAGACAGACCUGAACGUGCACAUGCAGGUUCACGAGUCGUGGAGACGACACAUGAGCGAGAAACUGCAAGAACAGGAGUGA